AACCAGCAUCCUUUUUACACCGGAAUUAUUUUUUGAAAACGCACCGAUAUGCUCGCACGUUAGUUGUUAGUGUAGUAUAGUGGUAGUGUGUGGUAAAUUAAGGAUAACACGAACAUUUAAGGAUUACGAUGACGAUACAACAGAUGUUUGUUGCACUCUUGUGCUCGUUAUUGGCAACGCAACAAAUUGCAGCUGUCGUAAAUAAUUCAAAAUCGGUCAGUAUAGAAGAAUCCAGCAACAAAACUGAUAGUGUCGCAAAAAUACCGGAUUCAGUUUCAUCAGCAAGUGAACAAGAAGCAAAGCGUCGCGACGCUCCUCCCAGUGAUACAUACGGCGCCCCCUUGAGUGGAGGAGGUAUCGACUCGUAUGUUCCUUCAGGGCCCAGUAAUCCCGGCCUUCCGAUUCCAGUCUAUGGAGUCCCCGAUGCACCCUCAAAUAAUAUUGUUUAUCCGGCACCACCACCGGACAUACCUCCACCUCUCCCCCAAAUAUCCUCCAAUUAUGGCCUCCCAUUUAAAACUUACGGUCCGCCACAAUUAAUCAAUAAUUUUGAUUUGGGCCACUCAACUGAUUUCGUACCGCCUCCACCUCCGGCAAAGUAUCUUCCUCCUAUAAGAUCGCACAAACCCUUCAGUGCGCCCAAGCUGCCAAGGCCGCGACCGCAAUAUGGGCCACCACACAAACCCAUUUUUGUGCCAAAAUUGCCUAAACCCAACUACGGACCUCCGAAAUCCUUAUAUGGACCUCCAAAGCAACCACUAUUUGUGCCACACAAGAACAAUUUUAAACAACAAUCGGUUAAGAUUGUUACGGUUCCGGCUAAUAAUUACGGAGUGCCGAAUCUUGGCCAUGGGCAAGAGGCGUUUGUUUCACCACCGGUAGCUAUAGGACAUGGGCAUUAUGGACCGCCUGAUCCCGUUCCACAUGCACCUCCUCCGGGAGUACCAGCGCCGCCGACUCCACCGGAUAUUAAAUACGAUGGAUGGCAACCCAUACCUGGAUUGGUGUCAAGGCCGCCGGAUACGUACGGAGUCCCCGAAGCUGAACAUCACGGAACCGCAGACUUACAAGUGAACACUGAUUUUAUCCCACCACCACCAGCGGAUGACGGUCACAGUUUCGCCUCACUUGGCUUAGGUUACAAUCCUCCAUCUCAUGGAAUAAGUGACUCUUACGGAGCCCCCUUAAAUGCGGUUACUGGAUCUGGGGCUGUUGUUAGCUCGUCUGGUGAUGCACACCACGACGACGAAUCCUUGUCUCUUGGUCUAUCAGCAGCUGGGAUUAACUCCGGCCAAAGUCAUCUCUCAGUGAUUAAAAGUAUAGGAUAUGAAAUUUUUCCUAACGUAGGGGGUGGCUUAAGCCACAUUGAUGACACCUACAGCUCACCACCACUAGAUUCAUACUCGCAUGAUGGCCCAUAUACUGCUGCUCACUCUCAAAAAUCUAAUGGGUUGUCAUCAAGUUUCUCGUUUGGUGGUUCGAUAAAAUCGCAUGGUUUGUCUGGAGGUCACGGCUUAAUUCCUCCGAAUGGUCUUUAUGGAGCUCCUCCUAGUAGUCAUUACGGAACACCGCUUUUGUCAAAACCAACUCAACAAUAUGGUGCUCCCUUAAACGCUCUAAAAAUUAAUCCGCCUAAACAUCCAGUUAUUUUCCGAGAACCCGUCCCUCAAGGUUUGAUUCAAUCAAUUGGUCAACACACUGCUCACAAAGAUGCUUAUGGUAUUAUUGAAAGUACUCAUUCUAGUAGUCUUUCUUCGGGACCUACUUAUAUUCCACCCCCAAUUCCCGAUGUUACAAAACCCGUAAAAGAAGAAGAACCACCAUCACCUUCCAGUUUGUACAGUUUGCCUCAUGCUCAUUCGGCAGCUUCGUUCCAAAAUGUAGCCCAUGGUUCGUCGUUUGAUUUCGGGUCAAGUUAUUUUGGUGGUGGUCAGCAUUUAACAAGCUAUACAGCUCCUUUAGGUAGUAUAGAUGGGUCUUAUGGUUUACCGAUACAUUCAGCUUCUGGUUAUUCAGUAGCUGUAGACAAUGCACCAUCUGGUGGUUUGACGGUGGGUAUUGAUAAUUCUCACCCUCCUGUGACUAUUGAUUUAACUUCUGCGACUAGUAAUGUAGGCCCAAGCUAUGCUCACUUAUCUCAUGGUUAUGGUUACCAAAAUGUUCAUGAUUGUAGUUUACACAAAUCGCAGCCUUUACCAUCAUUGUCUUACGGUGUACCAUCUGCUAAUACUUAUACAGCGUCUUUAUCAUCCUUGACUACUAAUAUAGGUGGGUCUUAUCACGGUGAUCUUCAAACUGCUCAUUCGCAAAAAGUUUCAACCGGGGUUUCUAUCAAUUCUAUUUAUAAUUCAUCUCAGGAAAAAAAUUAUGGAAAAUCGCUUGCUCAGAAAUUUGGGCCUGGAGCUGAAUUAAUACAAUCGCAAAGUCUCGACAUUAAUAAUAUUCCAGUGCAGGGAUCUUUAGGUAGUUAUACUUUACAAAUUCAGUCAGCGGAUGGUUUGAACGGUCCUCAGUCAUCUUCUGGGCCUGUUUCACAUGCUCAAGUUUUAAAUGAUGGUUUAUUACAGUCAAUUUUGGCCGCUAUAGAGCAACCACAAAGCAAAAAUAAUAAAAUCUUAGGGCAGCCUUUGUCAAAAUUACAGCCGAGCGAGAGUUACAGCGAAUCUUUUGAGUCAGAUUCAGACGGGCAGCAUUCCGUAACAAAUGCCGUUGUCGUUCCAUCACCGGUAACGGAAGCAACUUCAACAACAACGACUACACAAGAACCAGAAUCUGAGUCUGAAACGGACACUUCACUCCAUUUAAUAGACGACAACGAGAUUGCAUUGUACUUCAGCAACAAUUUGCAAGAUGCAGAAAAUGGUUCAAGAAAAAACAAUACAAGUGAUGGCGUGCUAAACGGUCAACAGUACGGAAGUUACGUUUCGUUUAAAACGCCAAAUGCUAGUUUUGUGUAUGGAAACAUACCAAGUGACAAGUCGCAAGAAAGACAAGACAAGGAUUAGUGUGUCGAAUCUGCUCAAGAACUUUUUAGUCAUGAACUGAGUUCCAUUCAAAUGAAGUUAAAGUGGAGUUCGGGUAUUGUUAUUUAUGCGCGGCAUAGAUGCCUCCAAGGCGAUCUGAUAUUAUUAGUGAUCGAAAUAAUUUAUUGUAUGUUUAAUUGAUAGAUUAAGGAAAAAAAACUAUGUACAAAAGUUUUUUAAAAACUAAUAAAACAUUCCUGAAA